GGCUACAUACCAUCAGCACGACCUUCUUCAUGAGAGACCAACGUGAAACUUUUCAGUGUUCUAUAGAUUUGUUCAUCCGAGAAAGUCUGCCAGACGACGAUUAAACAUUUAAACAAUUGUAGCGACUGAACUAAGACAGAAGAGGAGUCCAGAAAAAAAUAUUUUGUAGCCUAAAUUGUAAGACACCAUGACUUCGAUAUUUCAGUAAUACUUACAUAAAGUGUGUUGUUUGUAAGGCGGACGGUGUUUCGACACCAUGCCCUGUACCAACAAUCUCAUUUGGGAUAUUAGGAAACGCACCAUCGGUUCCAACAAAAUAAACAACUUUACAAGGAGUAACUACUUAGGAAGAAAAGAGUUUGUUCAAAGGCUGAAACUUGAAGCCACUCUUGAUGUACAUGAGGGCUCUGUCAAUACGAUAUGCUGGAACGACACAGGAGAAUACAUCCUAUCUGGAUCAGAUGAUGACAAAUUGGUCAUCACGAACCCAUAUAGCCGGAAAGUCAAGGCAUCCAUUACAUCAUGGCAUCGAUCCAAUAUCUUCAGUGCCAAGUUCCUGCCCCAAACCAACGACAGAAUGAUCGUGUCUGCAGCAGCCGACGGCAAGAUCUUCCUCACCAACGUAGAGAGGGGUUCCAACAUGGACCCUGUGUUACAGUACCACUGUCAUAACGGUGCUGCCUACGAGAUAUUGACGGUACCUAGUGACCCUCAUUCUUUCCUGUCCUGUGGAGAGGAUGGAACAAUCCGGUGGUUUGAUGUCCGAGUUUCUCCUGGCUGCUGGCAAACUAACUGUAAAAAGGACAUCCUGAUUGACUGUCGGCGAGCAGUAACAUCCAUAGCCAUAUCCCCUGUGGAAUCCUUCUAUCUGGCUACUGGCUGCUCUGACAGCUCAGUCCGUAUCUAUGACAGGAGAAUGCUGGGUACCAUAGCAACAGGUUUCCAGACAGGAAGCGGGGUGGCAGGAAUGUGUGCGAGGUUUGUACCGAGGCACCUGGUCAACAAGUCAUGUCGCGUGACCUCAUUGGCCUACAGUAGGGACGGCAGGGAGGUGCUAGCCAGCUAUGCCUCAGACUAUCUCUACCUGUUUGACCCUAAAGAUGACAAGGGACGCGAGCUGAAGGGACCGUCACAGGAUAACAAGCAGAAGGAGACUCAGCAGAAGCGUCUGCGUCUGAGAGGAGACUGGUCAGACACUGGACCCCUGUCACGGCCAGAGAGCGAGAGGGAGAGGGACGGAGAGUCCAGGCCUGGAGUGUCUCUGAUGCAGAGGAUGUCAGACAUGUUGUCACGCUGGUUUGAGGAUGCCAGCGAGGCCCAGAACAACAGAGGAGCCCGUCCACAUCCACGACCCAGGGUAGACCCUUCAGCAGCUCCACAAGGUAGUGGGCUUCACCAGGAGGCUGUGGUGCUAGGGAAUCCAGCCCCGUCUCAACCAACAUCAACAGCCAGCUUCUCCUCCUCCAUGGAGAGCCCGAGGAGCCGUAGGAGUGGCAUGGGGACAGGAAGUCUCCAAGCAUCUCCUGGGGAACCAGUCCUGAGUCUGACAUACAGCGACCAGGGCACCACCAGCAGCACCAUCCAACUGGACUUCUCCAGCGGUGGCGCCAGCGACCAGGGGGAACCCCCGCGGAUCAGUAGCCCAGAGCAGGUGUCCGACACCAGGCAGAUCUCAUCCCUCAGCCAGUCGGAGGUGGAGGGCAUGGGAGAGGAGCCCACACCACAGCCCCUGGGGAAUGGAUGCAAAGGUAUGUGGGUGUGUUGUUCCCUUCCUUCCUUCCAUAGAUUUAAUUUGAGAGGAUCAGAAUUAGGGGAAAGAGUACUCAGGCGCUCUGCUGCUGCGCGGAUCCAGGAGAUUUUUCGGCGGCGGAAAGAGAAGAAAGAGUUGGCGGAUUGCGAGACCCGCCGUAUCGGGAAGCCCUCAGUAGAAAAGGUCUACAAGGGCCACCGUAAUUCCAGGACUAUGACCAAUCAGUGUUGUUUCUGGGGUGACCAGUUUGUGCUGAGCGGCUCAGACUGUGGUCAUAUCUUCAUCUGGGACAGAGAGACGGGGGAACACCUAAUGCUGCUGGAGGCAGACCAGCACGUUAUCAACUGUCUGCAGCCACACCCCUACGAACCAUUGUUAGCCACAUCAGGGAUAGAUUCCAACGUCAAGAUCUGGUCACCGAUGGAGGAAUCCCCAUCAUUCAACAGAGUACUCGCUGAAGAGGUGACCUUCCGUAAUGAACUGAUGCUGGAGGAGACCAGGAACACCAUCACUGUACCUGCCUCAUUCAUGCUGAGGAUGCUGGCCCAACUCAACCACUCCAUCACAGCAGAGUCUGAGGACAAUGAGGAAGACGAGUAGCCCUAUCUAUAGCUUCCAUACUGGACUGUUGAAUGUGUGAAGUAGAAACUACAUACUAUCUCAUUGGAUUCACUUUAUGGUAAUGUUACCAUAGGGACUGGAGUAUUGGACCUCACCUAGUGUAGGUUAUAGAACACUAGAAGAGGUUGUGUUGAUUUUAUAAAUAUAGUUUAUAUUCAGAUGUAGAUCAAGGAAUGUUUUCUACCUAUUUAUAUGUUUUGUUCCGGUGUCCAGCCUCUCCGUCUGGCUAUGAGAAGUGUUCUCUAGAUGGUAUCUCGUUAUUCUCCUCUGUACUUUGUGAACCUCGGGCCGCUUUGUGACAAGUCACAUUUAAUCUUACUUUGUGGCUUUUCCUGAUACUCUGCAACGACGGCUUCAGUUCUGACUGUUGUCAAUGUGCUUGUUUACCAAAGAGAAUGUGUUUAAUUUAAGAAUUUACGAAUGUUAAAAAAAUACCAAAUAAAACAUAUACAUUUGCUUGAAA